AUGGGCUAUUUCUUGGCGUUAGCUGCGCUUUCCAGCCUCCUCUGGGUCGGAUCUGCAUUCCAACCCUUGGUGUAUUGGUCCAUACACCCCAGGCACCGAUACGGAUUUGUGUCAAAUGAGAUCUCGGCUGACUUUGAGGAAUGCAGCGCCGCAUGCGCCCAGGACAAGCCGUCAUUCCAGUGCCACGCCUUCAACUUCAAGGAGACGGAUGGCACCUGCCAGUUGGUUUACGAGGGAGGCGGCGAGCUCGUCCCUGAAAACGGGUUCCAAGCUUUUGUCAAAUUCUUCUGCUUGGAGGACGAAUCGAGAAUGGGGAAAAGAGUCUCUCGAGGGCUCCACUGGGAUGAAGAAAGAUCGGGAAAUUCUCUUCAAGCGCUCGCGAGGUUUCACCGACGGAUGUCCCGUCCGCAAGGGAACUUGUUCAUGCAAUGCACCAAUUGUGUGGUGCACGACGUUCUUGAAGAUGGAAAAACCUGUCCUCUGCCAACUCUGAAGAGGAAGCGAAUCGGAGCAAGAAGAGGAAACGGAGGAAGAAAUGGAGCAAUGACAGGAGUGCGACUUGAAGGAGCGUAUGGGGAAGCAUAUACUGGAGAAUUGAGAGAUCUUCUUGUGAAGAAUGCAGUGGAAGGAAAUACUGGAGUCACAAGUGGAGCUGACGAAUUAGGUGCAAAAGCAGUAGCUGAAAUAAAUGAUUUGGAAGGAGUUGGCCUUGCAGAUGAGGGUGCAGCCACGGCUUCAGGACAUUCAGACGGAGUUGAAGAAGCAUUUCUUGGAGAAGCUGCUUACAGAUUUGGAGGAGAAGGGCUAGAUAGAGGUGAAGGAGAAGUUAAGGCAAGAAUGAUCAGAGACACCACAGGAGGAAUGAAAGGAGCCACCACAGGAGGAAUGAAAGGAGCCACCACAGGAAAACCGUCAGGAGGAAGCAUGAAGGGAGCCACGGGAGGAACUGCAAAACCAAUGGGAGGCACCACAAAACCAACGGGAAGCACCACAAAACCAACGGGAAGCACCACAAAACCAACGGGAAGCAGCACAGGAAAACCGUCCGUAGGAAGCGUGAAAGGAGACCCGGUAGGCCCCACAGGACGAUCGACAGUAGGAACCUCCAAAACAGCUUCAGGAGGAACCACAGUAAGACCGAGAGGGAAAACAGAAAGGCCAAAGGAUUUUCACGAUGAAUUGAUGUUUGAGUUUUGGUCUGCCGUGCUGAAGAUGAAGCGAAUGAUUGCAAAAUUAUUUCAAGUGGCAGAAUUGAAAUUUCCAAUGCUAUUGCCGGAAGAUCUUCAAGAAUCAUUCGAGAAUGAAUUUUUCGCAGCAAUCAUGGAGAAUUUUUAUGAAGACAAUCCUUUCUCGGGAUACUACUAG